UGGCCGAUACUGGUGGAGAUGACGCUGCAUCUGGUGCUAAUCGGCAAUGUCCCGGAGAAUGUCAGGCGUGGUCUCGCUGUUGCUGACGCGUUUGCCGAGGGAAUAUCACCGGGUAUACUUCUGGGCAGUAAGGAGAGCCGUGCCUGCUCCUGUCUGUUGCUGGGUUUUGCUACUGACGAAGAGCAACGCAAAGCUCUAGACUACCUGAAGGGCCUGCAGAAGAGGAAAGUCAAGAAGGUUCUAAACACCAUCUCUGGCGAUUUGGACUUCAGCCAGUGUGUGGUCGAGGACUAUGGCUCGCAGAGAGUCGUGUGUCCUCCGGUUCUCGAGAUCUUUGCCAGCCCUCACUUCACCGAACCGUUCAGCUACUUUGAUGUUCCCCGACCACUGACUCUACAUGUGUGGGCUGUGGCUGUCGACGUGUUUGAUGACGAGAUUGCUCGCAACCCAGUGUUGCUGCAACGGCACUUCCAUGCCUUCUCCAAGAUGGUGGCAAUUGCCCACUUCUCACCCGCCAAGGUUGGAUCAUCCUCAACGAAAGCUACAGUCUACAUUCUCCACAAGUACAGUGUAGACUACUUAAAGAAGCUAGCUAAAAACCUAAAGGACUACCACUACUUUUCUGUUGUGUCCGUGAAGGAGGAGGAGAAGGUGCUGUCCGCGCUAUGUGCCGUGCAAGAUGUAUGCCUCACAAACUACCUACAGGUGGAUGGGGAUCGGGAGAUUCUAACAGCACCGGUCACGGUCCGGACGAAGGCUACCCGCCGCACUCACAUGAGACUAAUCUUCCAGAUACAAUCGCAAGACAAGUGGACCAUAGGAUGUGACAUGGACAACAUCAGGUUUUCUCCUAUACCUGCCGUCGCCAGGGACGACCGUGAUCGCCGCCGCCGAUACCAUAGUAAGAUGGUGAGUAUGCCAGGGCGCGACGUAUGCAACUUCUUACUCACAACGCACCGGGCCGAGGCAGAGGCAUUGCUGGAGAGUUCAAACUGCCGCUUCCGGGAGCGCCGUGGACAGUUUCAGAACAACUCCUUUGCUUACCAGCUGGCUGUGGUCGAAGCUGACACAGAGGAAGAAGCAGCGAAUGGCAAGGCAGCACUGGAACGACUGGCCCACGAUAUACUGCAGCAUCGCGUCUACAAGAGACUAGUCAUUAAGCCGCCCGAGCUCAACACCGUUAUGAGACUUGCUAAAACAAAGCUGAUGCAAGACAAAGAAAUUGCUCGAAUUGUGAAGCCCCGCACCAGAGCAAUUGCAGACCAAGUUCCACUCUGCUUUGCAAAGUUGCAUCAGUUCACCAGAGGGGAGAGACAUGAACAGACCCUGACUUUGCAGCUCAACAAGCCCGUGUACAACGACCAAUUUGCAAUGGCUGAUGUAGAUGCAAUGGUGCUCUUCUCCAACUCAACACUGCUUCUUGCUGACGGCAUGGCACGUGACGUUAUCAACCACGGCGGUACUGGCAUUGCCGAUGAUUCACAAGCUUGGGUUGAGAGCAAUGGCGACGUAUUUACAACUGCACCAGCUCUGAGCAGCGGAAAGCUGCCUGCCCCGGUUCUCAUCCACUCCAACCCGAACUGUAUCAAGGGCGGAGAUAUGCGAGAAGGGCAGGUGUUCAAGACCGCUUUCUCAAAGCAACUCAAGCUCAUCUUCCAGACGGCAUCAGACGUCCAGGCAAAAUCCAUCGCCAUUCCAUUUCUCCCAAAGCCAGGACAAGACUAUCUGACGGCUAGAGAAUGGUUCCAGCUCAUAGGCCAAGGAGCCAUGGAAUGUCUGCGUAGCGGCACAAGCUUGGAGAGGAUCCUUUUUAACUAUUACACCCGGUCUUCCCGUGACCCGAUUGGUGAUUUGCAAUUCGCUCUGUCCGCUCUGAUGGAGGAGAACGUACCGACUGCACGCAAACGCAUCGGCAACGUUCUCUUUUCGUUGCAGACGGUGGUGGAUACACCAGCACCACCUGUUGAAUGCUGUCCACCGUCGGCAUCUUUCCUGCUUGUCGCCGAGUCUUAUAAUGACUUGGAAACGGGGGAGGCAUGUCUGCAGCAGACGCUCCGCGACGAACUGAUCAUUCAACGGCAUGAAUGCAAAGGACUGGAUGCCCGCGACGUUGUGAUGAGGUGGAAAGAAUUGCUCAUGGACUUGAAGGUACACUGCAGCCUGACAGCCGAGGAAAGUGAGCGAGGAGCCAGCUGUCUGCUCUUGCGUGGUCAGAGGAAGAAUGUUGGUGAUGCCGCUAAGCUGUUGAAGGUGCUGAUUGCUGAUCUGGAAGGCAGUACCUCGGGAGUGAGCCUUGAACAUCCAGCUGCGGCUGAAAGCUGUCAUGCUGCCACCGCCGCAGCCGCCAUACCAUGAGCACUGAACAGUAUUGGUGGACACAUACAUGUGUGUGUGUGUGUGUGCAUGGUGCGCGUAUGUAUGUAUGUGUGUGUGUGUGUGUGUGUGCGCGCUUGUAUGUACAGGUGUGUGUGUAUGUAUGUGUGUGUAUGUGUGUGUGUGUGUGUGCGUGGUGCCGCGUAUGUAUGUGCACGUGUGUGUGUAUGUGUGCAUGUGUGUGUGUGUACAUAAGCAUGAGUGGGUGUUCAGCACAUGCCUUCUCAAUAUCUUUAUAUCAUGCUUACAGUCUUCUCGUCCUGACUGUCUUAGUGUGUACGAUGACUCUCAUUUCUCUGCACUGUGGGACAGUGUUGUGCCUGGUAUAUGUCCAGCCGUUGAGGAUCAUUGAGGCAGUUUGUAUACGUGUACAUAAACCUGUUUCAUGUAAGCAGAAAGAGCAUGUUGUUGCACCUAGGCUCCGUAUAGUCAAAAGUUGACGCUUCGUUCAGUUCCUCCUCACCUUUAGUUAUGUACAUUUGUUACCAUUUUGCGUUACCAUCUAUGUGCGGUAGUUUUAUUGCGCUUGUAUCAUGAUGUAUGUGUCAUUAUAGCACCUUUCUAUUACUCAACCUUAGUUGCAUUCGUUGUUGAUCCUUAGCUCCGUAUGAAUUCCACUGAUGAUAGGAGCGAGAACAUCGAUUCUGGAAAUUUACACGUCUAAACUCGAACAAGUGUCAUAAUUAUAGCGUGGA